AUGUUGAGACAUGGUUCAUUCAGCAGAGGAGCCAAGAAGACCCUCAAAUACAGACAUUAAGGUACAGGGAAACCCUGAUAUAUAUGAGGCGCUUGAAAAGCGCACCAGGACAAGAGCUACAUCUACCCUGGUUUCGCCUAAAUACAACCCAGCAUCACCUACAUCUAACCUCGUGUCGCCUGAAAAUAGCCCAGCAUCAGCUACAGCCACCCUCAUGUCGCAUGAAAAUAGCCCAGCAUCACCUACAGCCACCCUCGUGUCGCCUGAAUAUAGCUCAACAUCACCUACAGCCACCCUCAUGUCGCCUGAAUAUAGCCCAGCAUCACCUACAGCCACCCUCGUGUCGCCUGAAUAUAGCCCAGCAUCACCUACAGCCACCCACGUGUCGCCUGAAUAUAGCCCAGCAUCACCUACAGCCACCCUCGUGUCGCCUGAAUAUAGCCCAGCAUCACCUACAGCCACCCUCAUGUCGCCUGAAUAUAGCCCAGCAUCACCUACAGCCGCCCUCGUGUCGCCUGAAUAUAGCCCAGCAUCACCUACAGCCACCCUCGUGUCGCCUGAAUAUAGCCCAGCAUCACCUACAGCCACCCUCAUGUCGCCUGAAUAUAGCCCAGCAUCACCUACAGCCACCCUCAUGUCGCCUGAAUAUAGCCCAGCAUCACCUACAGCCGCCCUCGUGUCACCUUAAUAUAGCCCAGCAUCACCUACAGCCACCCUCGUAUCGCCUAAAUAUAGCCCAGUAUCACCAGGAUGUUUCCCGGAGUGGCCAGGGCAAAACCAAUUCUUUCCGACACCUGAAUCAGCAUCUGAAAGUGCACAAUACCCUUUAAAAAAUGAGUUGGGGGCGCUUUUGGAAGUGGUGAACUCAGUUCGCGUUGAUCUUCUCCAGACAUCAAUGCUUGUGAAUUACAUUUCGGAGUACAUAAAAAAAACUGGAAGUGAACUCAUGAUAAGUGAAAUUUUCAUUAUUCUGAACGCACCCAAAUGCCCUUUAAAGGCAUUUGAAUUGGUUGACUCAGUGCUGGUGGUAAAUCUUUUACAGUUUUGUGAUAAAUUUAUUUAAUGAAAUAAAAUGUCAUUUUACUUAG